AUGCUCGAUAAGAAUAAAACUACCAGCAGAAAUAAGUAUUAUACAAGUCGAUUGCAAAAACAAACUAAGAAGCAACUACGAAGAUCUAACAUACAAAUACAUCAAGCAAACAAGCAACAAAAAGACAACAACAUCAAUACUAACAACCAAACUACUAAGAACAAACCUAAACAAUAUCGACAAAGCACUUUCAGAUAUAGAAACAAAACUUACAAUAUCAAACAUUCACAAGCAAAUAAGCAGCCAACAACUAAAGAAUAUCGAUAUAGCAUUAAGCAUACAAACAGAUAUAAUCAGGAAUAUAUCAAAGAUAACAGCACACUGGUGGACAAGAAACAAAGAAAUACAAUUCUACCAAAUGACAACUGGAAAGGAAAACCGAUUGAACAUUCAUCAAGAAGAUUUAUACGAUACAUUCAAAAUGCACAACAUAUAGCAAAGUGGCAGUUACAGAAUAGAAAUAGUAAAUGGGAUGAGAUCAGAGAGAGUAUUGACUGGAAACAAUUCUAUAACUAUAUAAAUUACAAUGAAAGUCCAAUAUCAAGAAAUAUCAAUCCCAAAUACUCACAAAUAAAAGCCUUCAAAAUAAAGCUAUUAUUGGAUGAACUUCCAGUAGAAGCAAACCUUCACUAA